AUGAGUCGCUCAUUGACGAGUCGCCUCGCGGCGCAAACGCUCUUUCGAAGCUCCCGAGUCGCCGUCCCGAAUCCGACAUUCCAAAUCGUUCGAUCGAUCUCGCAAACGACUUCCCUCAAUGAUGAGAAGCCCAAGAGAGUCGUUAACCGACCCAGUACGGCCUCAAUCCUAGAGAAUAUUUACGGCCCUCAGGAGACAACCAAGACCCGCUCAUCUCCUAACAAUGCUAUGGCCAACCUCUCCCAGAGCCUCGUCUUCAAGACCCUCGACAAGUCCAACAUCGAUACGAGCGCUCUGUCUUCCAGAAACACAGGUCGACAGGUACAGGCAAAGGAAGACGAUAUUGAGCCUUAUCACUUCCACAUCUACUCUUCCAAACACAACACUCACAUUACUUGCACCAAGCCCAACCGGGACCCCAUCAUAUCUCUAUCGGCAGGCAACAUUGGUUUCCGCAAGUCUCGCCGUGGUACAUUCGAUUCCGCCUACUCCCUUACCAAGUAUGUUCUGGAAAGAUUAAUUCACACCGGUUGGCCCAUGAAGAUGAACCGGCUGGAGGUUGUGUUGCGAGGAUUCGGUCAGGGACGCGAGGCUGCUCUCAAAGUCUUGAUGAGCCCCGAGGGCAAGAUCCUGCGAGACAAGAUUGUCCGUGUGGCCGACUCAACAAGAAUUAAGUUUGGUGGUACCAGGAGUGAGAAGCCUAGACGUCUAUAA